GGCCCGGCGGCCAUGGCGGCCAUGGCGGCCGUGGUGCCCGAUUACGAGUUGGCCGAGCUGUACACGCGCGCGUUCCGCGUGGGCGCCCUGGGCCUCGGCUGGCGGCGGCUGCUGGGGCCGCCCGACCUCUCGCUGACGGCGGAGGCGGAAGAGGAGGAGGAGGACGCGGCCGUGGCGGCGGCGCUGGGCUGCGCGCCGGGCACGGCGGCCGAGGUGCGCGCCGUCUGCAGCAUUGAUAUGUUAAUGUCUUCUGAGAAAGAAGAGGACCCAAAUGUUAUUCCUGAAGACAGCAGUCUGCUCACUCUUCGAAUUCGGAAGAAGGCCUUAGAGAGGAGAGAAGAAACAAUUAUUGUGGAUCGGGCUUGCAGACAAGAAACUCUUACUUAUGAGAUGGAGUCGCAUGCAACUGGAAAGAGGCCAGACGAUCCAACAGAUCUAAUUGAGGAGGGAGAACUACUUUUAACUCUGAACAUCUUUUAUCCUCUUAUAUUUCAGAAGCAUAAAGAUCACAAACCAUUCCAAACAGUCCUUGUACUGGGCAGCCAGAAGCUCACUGAACUGAGAGACUCGAUUUCCUGUGUCAGUGACCUCCAGAUAGGUGGUGAGUUCAGCAGUCAGCCAGAUCAAGCACCAGAGCACAUCAGCAAGGAUCUCUACAAAUCUGCCUUCUUCUAUUUUGAAGGCAUCUUUUAUAAUGAUAAAAGAUACCCGGAGUGCAGAGAUCUGAGCAGAACAAUUAUAGAGUGGUCAGAAUCUUUUGAUAGAGGCUAUGAAAAUCUUCAGUCUGUCAAGAUGGAGGACUAUGUAUUUAAUGAUUUAUCCCUCAAAAUUGGCUUUCCAUACCUUUACUGUCACCAAGGGAACUGUGAACACAUCAUUAUAAUCACAGAUAUAAGGCUUAUUCAUCAUGAUGACUGUCUGGAUAGGAAUCUGUAUCCCUUGCUGGUCAAGAAACAUUGGCUAUGUACCAGAAAAUGUUUUGUGUGCAAGAUGUAUACAGCAAGGUGGGUAACCAACAGAGAUAGUCUGGCACCAGAGGAUCCUUGUUUCUUCUGUGAUGUUUGUUUUCGGAUGCUCCAUUAUGAUGCAGAAGGCAAUAAACUGGGAGAGUUUCUUGCAUAUCCUUAUGUUGAUCCUGGGAUUUUCAACUGAAACUGACAUGUGCCAGGACAUUGUUGAAUGUGUUGCUCUGGCUGUUAAAACCACUGAACAGCUUGGGGUUUGAGCAUACUGCUGGGUUUCAUGUUAGGUGUGUAAUCCUCUCCUGUGAGCAGGAAGGAGCCCUUUGCACUUGAAGACUAUCUGGUGUGUUUUUCUGAGUAAGUAAGUAUGAUUUUUACAGAUAAGUUGGCAUGCAAAAAUGUAAUACACUUUUGCAACAUUCCAGUAGUUUGGAUGCUAUGGACUGUAAAUAUGGAUGUUUGAGAAUACCUGGCAAAAGAAACCAUGACUUUAAGAAGCUCUGCUCUCAAGGCUUUGUAAACCUCUGUGGAUGUGAAGAUGGUCUGUAUAUAUCUUACCUUGAAAACUCUGGCAGUUGCCAUAUUUGAACAAGGAUGGGUGGCACUGAAUUUGUAGGGAGGAGAACGCUUUCUGAGAGAGAAGCUCAGAAUGCUGGUUAAACUCUUGGGUCUUUCCUACAAAUGAAAGCUUACAUCUGAAGGCCUUUACUGUCCCUGGUUUCUGACUCUGAGGAGUGAUUCUGUAGAGAAGAAACUGCAUUUCACCAUUACUGAAUUGUAGCCUGCCUUUUAAAUAAUUUUGCCAGCUGUUUACAGUGUAUGAGUGUUCAUUGUGAACCUUUUUAUUUAGUAUCAUUCUUUUAUUGUAAUGUAAUGGUUUUUUUUAAUUAAAAUGUGGCAAAUUUGUAGUUCCUACAAGUCUCUUGUUAAACUGAAACUUUGUCAAGACAGGAUAUUCCUCUUUUUAAAGUCUUCUGGAAUUAAGAGUAUGUUAGUAGCAAUCUUUGUUUUAGGAAAGUUAGAGCUAACUGCCUUUCUUUUGAAAACUUACGCUAAUUCUGGCUGGGGGAAGACAGCCUGCUCUGACAAUCCACAUACAGAAAAGUGACAAACUGAAUCCUGUUGAAGUCCUGUAGCUGCAGAUUUUGCCAGUGCUGACUUGAUUAUCUUAGAUGUCUUGAAACACAGGUAUCUGAAGCACUUGCGAGACUCCAUUGAUCACUCCCAUAUCUUACUGCUUUCUAGUGGUGUAUUAAGUAAUUUGAAUGUAAAUCCAUGCUUUUUUUAGGAAAAAAAUAAGUUUCUUUUUUUUCCUGUCUAGUAAACCCGCCAGCUGUUGGCCUGUGUAUUUCAAUGAACCAACCACUUGUAAAAGGUGGUGAUAGUUCUCUUAUCCUUCAGGAAUCUGCAGAAAAUGGAAUGCCCUGCCCAUAACAACUGUGACAAGUCCAGCUGCUGGGGCUGGGCUGCUUUGGGGUGCUGCAGCAGCUGCUUUAAAGGUCCUCUACUAUACAGCUCUGGUUGCAACUUCAGCAUUUGCCUCACAAGUUGCUACUCUUCAUCUUUCCCCUAUCUCCUCCUCUUUCAGCUGUCUCCCAUAAAUACACAGGCUUCCCAAUCCUCUUUAGUAUUGGAUGGGGGAUCAUAUAGAGAGCUAGCUUGAGUUCUAAAGCAGCAAUCAGUAGUUUUUUUGUGGGGGCAUUUUUUUUCCUUCUUUAGCCAUAGAAAGAAGGCAUUGGCAAAAUAUGAGUUUACUCUUUCAUUAAAUUAAUUUGCCUCAAAUAUGCUGUCUCUAACACAACCCAUUUGUCUUCUUAAUUAAAAGUUAAGAUCAAAUAUAUUUCAAAAUUGGUGUCCCUGCAGAUUAAGAAAUUUUAGUGGGUCAUUCCCAUACUUCCAAUAAGGCAGAGAGAAGCUAGCCACAGUCUGGGUGUGGGAGUUGAGAGCAUUCAGUGCUUAACUACAGAACAGAGAAGAAUCGUAUUAGAAGCUUGCUGUUUGUAUGAUGUGGUCCUCUUUCAUAUUCAGUGAUGCAUCUUGAAUGACAAAUGGAACAAAAAGGUUACACUAAGUCAUAGGUUCUAAAGAUCCCAGAAGCUGUCACAGGACAACUCAGUCUGGUCUAGAUUUGAUAAGUCUUUCUGAAUGAGUCCUCUGAGUGAAAUCCAGCAUUGCAUACAAUGCCCAUUUGUAGCUAAAUCUCUAUGACACCAGCUGGAUAUUUGUUUUAGCAAUUUAUUAAAUGCUGUGAGUAUUUUGAUGAUGAAAA